AUGGCUGGGGGUGUGUGGGGCCGGGGCCGAGAUGGCCCUGUAGGGUCCCUAACUCUGACAGCUCUAGCUGAAGGAAUCCGGGCUAACCAGGGGCAGCCUGUGGGACCCUCUUCAACAGGCCCUCAGGCUGAGCCCCUGGAGGUGGUACCUGAGGCUGAGACCUACAUUCAAACACUCACCCCUGCCUCUGAGGCCCAGCCUGGGAAUGAAGUGCAACCCCCCACAGCGGGCAGUGAGAACUAUUCUCCACAGGAUGUCCAGGAGCCAGGCCCUGACAGACCCUACCAGGCCUCCCAGUAUUCCUGGGAGGAAGGAGCCUUGGCAGACCUUGCCUUGUAUACAGCUGCCUGUUUGGAGGAGGCUGGUUAUGCCGGGACCCAGGCAACUGCGCUCACUCUGUCCUCAGCCCUGGAAGCCCAGGGACAACGACUGGAGGACCAGGUCCACAGUCUGGUGCGUGGGCUGCUGGCACAGGUACCUAGCCUGGCAGAGGGGAGACCCCGGCGGGCAGCCCUCCGGGUGCUGAGCGCACUGGCUCUGGAGCAUGCGCAGGAUGUGGUGUGUGCUCUGCUACCCAGUUCACUACCCCCAGACCGGGCAGCCGCUGAGCUGUGGCGAAGCCUGAGCCGGAACCAGCGCGUAAACGGGCAGGUGUUGGUGCAACUGCUGUGGGCACUGAAGGGCGCUGCGGGUCCUGAGCCUGGGGCACUGGCAGCCACACGCGCUCUUGGGGAGAUGUUGGCAGUCUCUGGCUGCGUGGGAGCCACUCGAGGUUUCUACCCCCACCUGCUGUUAGCACUGGUCACACAGCUGCAUGAGCUGGCUCAAGGUGUUCAUUCCCCUGAGAGCCCUAAAGUUUGGGAGCCUUCUCACCGAGGGCCACCUCACAGCCACGCCAGCUGCACAGUGGAGGCCUUGAAGGCCCUGCUCACAGGGGAUGGUGGCCGAAUGGUGGUCACGUGUAUGGAGCAAGCAGGAGGCUGGAGGAGACUGGUAGGAGCCCACACGCACCUGGAGGGUGUCCUGCUGCUGGCCAGUGCCAUGGUGGCGCAUGCCGAUCACCAUCUCCGAGGCCUUUUUGCAGACUUGCUUCCUCGGCUCCGAAGCACCAACGAACCGCAUCGCCUCACAGCUAUGGCCUUCUUUACUGGGCUGUUGCAGAGCCGGCCCACUGCACGGCUCUUACGGGAGGAUGUCAUCCUGGAGCGGCUUCGAACUUGGCAGUGCGACCCAGAGCCCACCGUGCGCUGGCUAGGCCUACUUGGUCUUGGCCACCUCGCAAUGAAUCGUGGGAAGAUAAGGCACGUGAACACGCUGCUGCCGGUACUCCUUAGAGCGCUGGGAGAAGGCGACGCGCGGCUCGUGGGUGCCGCACUGGGCGCGCUGCGGAGACUGCUGCUGCAGCCGGGAGCACCCGUGAGGCUCCUCAGCUCUGAGCUGCGACCACGCCUCCCGCCGCUACUGGACGAUGCUCGGGACUCCGUCCGUGCUUCGGCAGUGGGACUCCUUGGAACGCUGGUACGGCGGGGUCAGAGAGGGCUCCGGUUGGGGCUUCGGGGACCCCUGAGGAAAUUGGUGCUGCAGAGUCUGGUGCCGCUGUUGCUGCGCCUACAUGACUCCAGUCAGGAUGCUGCUGAGAGCUCAGAGUGGACGUUAGCUCGCUGUGACCAGGCCCUUCGAUGGGGUCUGCUAGAGGAGAUGGUCACUGUGGCUCACUAUGACAGCCCUGAGGCUCUAAGCCGUGUCUGCCACCGCCUGGUUCAGCGAUAUCCAAGCCAUGUCAAGCACUUCCUGAGUCAGACCCAGGGCUACCUGCGGAGCCCACAGGAUCCCUUGCGCCGGGCCGCCACUGUGCUCAUAGGCUUCCUCGUCUAUCACGCUAGUCCCAGCGGAGUCAGUCAGGACCUGUUGGACUCUCUGUUCCAGGACCUAGGGCAGCUGCAGGGUGACUCGGAGUCUGCGGUUUCUGCGGCAGCGCACGUGUCUGCCCAGCAGGUGGCGUUGCUUGCUCGGGCGCAGGUCCGACCACAUCGCCCCAGCCUCCUACGCUUCAUACGCCAUCACUCAUACCCUGCAAGGCCCCAUCCACUCUAUGACGAUAGUCCAUUCCUACGCCGGAGCCGUGCAAGCCAGUGGAACUGCCCUGAACCUCGGUGAACCGGGCCUGGUAUCCAGAUGCACGGGCACACACUAUCCAUGUUGUCUCCAACCCCUGCUCCAGCAGAUCCGCAGAAGUCUAUUCAAGUGUCACCCUGGGCCUGGUGCUGGACACUGGUGCUCACUGCCCUGUAACUACUUUCUAUGGGCCCACCGUGUGACAACUGUGUUGCCGAUGGCGCGUUCCAUCUCGAGUCCCCUCUGUAGUCUUGGUCCAUCUAUUUAUUCUCUGCCAGGCCAGUUCUGUCAGCUCCCUGGAGUGUGCCCUCUGCUCUAGCUUGGACUUGGCACCUGUCCUGGAUAGCAUCUGCUUCCCAAGCAAGGGUCUGAUGGAGGCACUGAAGUUGAUGCCACCAUAGGCUGUCCUGCCCCCUUCCUAGGGUUCAGUAUGCCUAGUCGUGCCUGUCAUGGCUCCUCUAGUCACGUCAGUAGCCUGUCACCUCUGUUUCUUCUUCCACUCUCUAUUCCUUACAACUGACCUGGCUUAUGUCCCUUAUGUCCUUGAGGUUAUGUUGUCCAGGGACAUUGACCUGCUCCCCUGUCCAUACGUGAUGUCCCUACUCCUUUGGAUAACCAAUACAUUUCCUAUCAACCUGGACAAUGGUGUUCUCUAGAAGGUAUUUCUAACAUCCCUUUGUGCUGGAGAGCCCAAGCCGGGAUUGCACCCGUGGGUUGAAACAUGGGAAGCAGGCACUCCGCACCCACCAGACUGUAAAUGGGUAUGUCAUUACCCAAUGUCCUCCUGUACAGGACUCAAAUGGGAAGGCAUAGCUGGAUAGACAGGAAGAGCCAGCCAUAGUUGUGACCUCACCCCUCCAGGCGCUUGGCAUAGGCAGCUUCCUCCGCUUAGAAUGCCUACCCUGGAAUGUCCUCAGGCUGCAGGAAGGCCUCCUCACAGACACAGGAUAUGCACAGGGUGAUAAUGAGCGGGGACCCUCUUAGCAUCUACAUGGAAAGUGUUCAAAAUAAACAUCAGUGGCUAGCAGGGGUUGGCCCACUGUCUUAGAAAGUGGCGGGAAGAGCUGGACCCUGCACAGGACCCAGCUUGGUUCGAGGUGAGCAAGGCAGUAUGCAGCAAGACUCCUGGCAGGGGCCGGGGAGCUGACUCAGUGGUAAAGGGCACUGUGGAUGCUAUAGUUCCAGCCCCAGGACUACCAACUUCUCCUGCAGAAAACCCUCCCACUGCAAGUCCGGCAGCUAGGGGCUAGAGUCUGACCUGUGCUCUUCCUCCCUUUCUUUUCUUGUUUUGUUGUUUUUGAGAUAAGGUUUCUCUGUGUUGCCCUGGCUGACCUGGAACUUGCUAGGUAGACCAGGCUAGCCUCAAACUCAUAGAGAUCCACCUGCCGCUGCCUUUUCUAGUGCUGGGGUUAAAGGUGAACAACACUACUCUUUGCUUUGGUGCCCUCCCUUUCCACAGAGGCCUCAUUGCAGGCCCAAUCAAUCUCCUGUUUCAGAUGCUCUCCUGUGGGCCCUUUCACUGGUGAUCUCACACCUGGGCUUUGGGUGUGGUUGGCAAGAUCUACCUAUGCUCUGCCCUCCAGGACCUAAGGGUGCCGGAAGGCUUGCUGUCAUGUAAGGCUUUCUAGGGUCUGCAUUGCUUCCGUUCUAUUCACCCGGGCUUGCCUUCCAGGAGUUUUUCAAGGACUUCUGGGUAAGAUGGCUAUUCUGCCUAGUUUUAUGUCAACUUGACAUAAGCUAGAGUCAUUUGAAAGAAGGAAACUUCAAUUGAGAAAAUGCCUCCAUAAGAUCCAGCUGAAGGGCAUUUUCUUAAUUAGCAAUUGAUGGGGAAGGGCACCCAGCCCAUUUUGAGGGGUGCCAUCCCUGGGCGUGUGGUCCUGGGUUCUAUAAGAAAGCAGGGUAGGCAAGCGGUGAUGAGC